UUACGUCUAAUUCGAAAUGAACAAACACUUGAAAUUUUGGAAGAAUAUAUUUUCACCUAAAUGAUCGACAGACCCAAUGUUUCUGUUCGCAAUUAUUCUAUUCUUACUUCUGGAAAAAUGUCAACAUAGUCAAGGAGAAGAAAAUUAUUUCAAAGUGUUGGGAAUAACCAGAAUAGCAAGCAAACGUGAAAUUAAGUCGGCGUAUAGAUCAAUCUCGAAAACAAUACAUCCAGACAAAAACCAGUGCGAUGAAUUUGCUGCUGAGAAAUUCAUCAAUUUAACUAAAGCAUAUGACAUCCUUGUUGACGACGUAAGACGAAGCCGAUACAAAAUACGAAACCCAUAUUUUGGACGUAAAAAAGAAGAAUACGAUUGGAAUAUACCAGUAUGCACAAAUAGGAAGCCUGCUACCAUAUGGGAAAGUAUCAAAGAAUUAUAUCCUGAUUAUAUAAAUGAAAUAUUGUAUGAUUUCAUGGACUGGCUAAGGAAGACAUUUUGGAAUGGUCGUUCAGUAUUUAACCUUACAAAUAUGAUAGAAUUACAACGUUUGCUCCAUGAGAAGCUAAUAACGACUAUGGCUGCAGUAUAUUUAAGGCUUAUAUCGCUAAAAUCAACCGUCUAUACAUUGACAGAUAAUUUUAAAAGUGGUCGUUAUAAUGAUUUCCCUGAAUGGUUACGUAGAAUACUUAUCGAGACUGAAGGCGUUCUCAAUCUGAAGCAAUAUAUAGGGUUUCUGCUGUACCUGACAUCAAGUUUUUUAAGCAGAAAUGUGCUGUUCCAGUUCAUCCUAAUGUUGUUCAUAGAAGUAAUUUCAGUUCACUUUUUACUUAUGUUUUUCGUUUGGAUGAAAUUCCGCGAAUUCAUGCUCUCCCGGUUUGAAGUAAAUACCUUGUUACAAGUGGCUGUUUUUCUGUUUAUCUGCAUUGGAUACGUCACCGCUGUUUCUAUGUUGUUCACUAUCAAGAAGGGAAUACUGCACAUACAGUUGCCCGAAGACUGGAUUCUGCCAUAUCUGUUCACAGCAUUUGUAACAGCUAUAUACAUCUAUUACGAAUAUCCUCUUCAUACUUAUACACCUUAUGUUUUAGUUUGUAAUUACACACAAAUAAUAAUAGGUCUUAUAUUAGCUACCUAUUCAGAGAAAAACAAUUUGCCAAUGUCAGUUUUUCAAUGUUUUAUUAUCAUAGGUGUAUCAUGGAUAUUACUGAGUGUUAUAGCAAUAGUUAAAGUUACUGUAUUAUUCAUACUUAAGCUGUGUUAUAUUUAUCUGAAUAUGAUUGCGAAAGUUAUACUCUUUGUUAUACAUGUUAUAUGGAAAUGUAUUAGUUCUGUGCACAUUUUCUGCAAAAGGCUUGUGUUUCUCGUUUUUUGAAUGACUAAUCAAAUCAUUCAGUAAAGUGAUCACUAUCGUAAAGACGAUGUGCCGCCUACUACAAAAUUUGAUACAAGAAGUACCAACUCACAACACUCAAACUAUGAUAUUUUACACCAGUUAUGCAAUUGUACUUUGUAUAUGUUUUUAUAUGAGAAUGUGAAUUAAUUUGUAAUUCCGCUAAAAGAUUUGUAAAGGAAAGUGUAUGUGUUUAUUUGUAUAUAUUGAAAAAAAUGGGCAAAAUAAUGUUGUUAAUGUAUAUUAAAGGAAGCAAUGCGAGAAAUCAAAGUAAAAUUGAACUUAAAAAAAGUGUGUAUUUUGUUGAAAUACGUAUAACAUACACAUUGCCAAAAUGUUUAA